AUGGCAAGCCGUUCCUACUGCACCAGCUCUGGCUAUGGGGUCAGGAAUUUCAGUUCCUGCUCCGCUGUCAUGCCCAAGCUGGGGGCUCACAGCUGUGCCAGUGCCAUGGCCUACCACGGGGGCAGUCCUGGGGGGCGGGGCUACAGGCACCUCGGGGGCUUUGGCAGCCGAAGCCUGUGUACAGUGGGGUCCCCACGGAUCGCAGUGAAUUGUGCACGGCCUCUACGCAGUGGGGGCAGCUUUGGGUACCGGGCCGGGGGCCUGUGUGGGCCCAGCCCUCCCUGCAUCACCACCGUGUCUGUCAACGAGAGCCUCCUCACACCCCUCAACCUGGAGAUCGACCCCAAUGCGCAGUGCGUGAAGCAUGAGGAGAAGGAGCAGAUCAAGUGCCUCAACAACAGGUUUGCUGCCUUCAUCGACAAGGUGCGCUUCCUGGAGCAGCAGAACAAGCUGCUGGAGACCAAGUGGCAGUUCUACCAGAACCACAAGUGCUGUGAGAGCAACCUGGAGCCGCUGUUCAGUGGCUACCUUGAGACGCUGAGACGGGAGGCUGAGUAUGUGGAGACCAACAGCGGGAGGCUGGCCUCGGAGCUCAACCGCGUGCAGGAGGUGAUGGAGGGCUACAAGAAGAAGUAUGAAGAAGAGGUCGUCCUCAGGGCCACGGCUGAGAAUGAGUUUGUGGUGCUGAAGAAGGAUAUAGAUGGCGCCUACCUGCACAAGGCCGACCUGGAGGCCAAUGUGGAGGCACUGAAGGAGGAGAUGCACUUUUUGCAGGCCCUUUAUGAAGAGGAAAUCUGUGUUCUUCAGUCACAAAUCUCUGACACCUCGGUGGUGGUUAAGAUGGACAACAGCCGGGAGCUCAACAUGGACUCCAUUGUGGCUGAGAUCAAGGCUCAGUAUGAUGACGUGGCCAGCCGCAGCCGUGCCGAGGCUGAGUGCUGGUACCAAACCAAGUGCAAGGAAAUGAAGGCCACAGUGACCCAGCAGGGCGAGAACCUCCGCAGAACCAAGGAUGAGCUCAAUGACCUGAACCGCAUGAUCCAGAGGCUGGCCGCAGAGGUGGAGAACGCCAAGCAGCAGCGCUGCAAACUGGAGGUUGCUGUGGCCCAGGCGGAGCAGCAGGGCGAGGUGGCCAUCAGCGAUGCCCGCUGCAAGCUAGCCGAGCUGGAGGCUGCCCUGCAGAAGACCAAGCAGGACAUGGCCUGCCUGCUCAAGGAGUACCAGGAGGUGAUGAACUCCAAGCUGGGCCUGGACAUGGAGAUAGCCACUUAUCGCAAACUGCUGGAGGGCGAGGAGAGCCGGUUAUGUGAAGGCGUGGGUUCAGUCAACAUCUGUGUGAGCCGUUCCCAGGGCGGCGUGGUCUGCAGGGACCUCAGUCCCACCAUCCCUUGUGGCCUGGGGGGUGCGGUCAUCAGCAGCGGCAUCCUCUGCUCCCCCUCUGUAGUGGGAGCCUGCUCCAGUGCGAGAUCUGUGCAGUUUGCCUAGCAGGAGGUGGGACUCUAGAUGGAUGAGGUCUGAUGAGAUGAGGGUGGGGAGGAGAGAGGAGGGGAAAUCUUCACCCUCAGGCCCAAAUGUCAGUUUAGUGAUUUCCCCUUACUGAGAACCCUGACUAACUCGCCAUUUUCCUUCUUAUUGGAGUUGUGAUUUACACUUUGAGCGCAAACCCUGGGUUUGGCAUUAUUGCCACUUCCAUUGAUCCCUCCCUCCCUGUGGUCCAGGAAAGGGACGUAAAAGCUUUUUGGUAUAAACUGCUUAGCCACUUUCUUCCUUAACUAACUUCAAGCUAGCAAACAUUUACUAAGUACUGAUCGACCUUGUGCCAGGCCUUCUGGGAAGGAGGCCAGGUAGAGAGAUGGCAGUACGUGGGUGCAUCUCUGUGCUUUGCCCUUCAUGAAGGGUUUGUGUAUCGGUGUCUCCUCAGUACUGAAGGGGCAAUGGGGUACAUGGAGCUGGGACUCCAGGAGGCGCCUCACUUGACCUGAGAGAUUGUAUGUUCUUAGAGCACCCCCCAACUAUUCAUAUGUCAGGAUGGAAAGACGGACUAAGGCUAACUGGUUGAGAUUUUUUAUUGUUGGUGGUUUGGAGUUUCGUUGCACUUGGGUGAUUCCUGUUAUGGCUCCUUCUAUCUUUUGGUGUGUGUGAUUAAAUGUCAAUGGCUAAAGU